ACUAUGUGAGAGCGACUAAGGCAGCCGGUGACCGGCUGACGGACCGCGGCUGAGGUGACUGAGGCGGCUGAGGGCUGAGGUUGAUUCGGGAGCCCAACAUGAAUGGCUACAUGGAAUUCCGUCCCAGCCCUGGUCACCCCCACCUGGAGCCCCUGGAGCCCCAGCCUGCCCAGGCUCCUCUCCAGGAAGACAUGGACAUGAGCAGCGGCUGCAGUGGAAACGCAGCCCAUGAGAACUGCUCCACGGGGCAAGGCUUGCGUGGCAGCAGCAAGGAACUGGGCAUGGUGCUGCAACAGCCGGACGCCUGUCACGGUCCCGCUGCCUUCAGCCUCAUGAUGGCAGAGUCUGAGCACAACCCCUACAGCAGCGGCUGCAGUAGUGAGCAGUCUGCCAAAGCAGACACACACCAGGAGCUGAUCAGAACACUGAAGGAGCUCAAGGUCCACUUGCCAGCGGACAAGAAGGCCAAGGGCAGGGCCAGCACCCUGGCCACCCUGAAGUACGCCCUUCGGAGUGUGAAGCAGGUGAAAGCCAGCGAGGAGUACUACCAGCUACUGAUGUCCAGUGAGAACCAGCCGUGCGGGCUGGACCUGGCUUCCUACAGCGUGGCCGAGGUGGAGAGCGUCACUUCUGAGUUCAUCGGGAAGAACGGGGACAUGUUCACUGUGGCUGUGUCCCUGGUCACUGGGAAGGUCCUGUACAUCUCCAGCCAGGUGGCAUCCCUGUUCCACUGUAAGAGGGACACCUUUCACGAUGCCAAGUUUGUGGAGUUCCUGGCCCCGCAUGAUGUCAGCGUGUUCCACAGCUCCACCACCCCUUACAAGCUGCCGGCUUGGAGUACAUGCAGCCUUGGAGAUGCCUUCACUCAGGAGUGCUCCGCAGAGAAGUCUUUCUUCUGCCGGGUCAGUGUCGGGAAGAACCACGAGAACGAGAUCCGCUACCACCCCUUCCGCAUGACGCCCUACCUGGCCAAGGUGCAGGAGCAGCCUGGUGCCGAGAGCCAGCUCAGCUGCCUGCUGCUGGCGGAGAGGGUCCACUCUGGCUACGAAGCACCUCGAAUUCCUCCUGAAAAGAGAAUUUUUACAACCACGCAUACACCGAAUUGUCUGUUCCAGGACGUGGAUGAGAGGGCUGUCCCCCUCCUGGGUUAUUUGCCUCAGGACCUCCUCGACACCCCGGUGCUGCUGCAGCUGCACCCCAGUGACCGGCCCCUGAUGCUCGCCAUUCAUAAGAAGAUUGUGCAGGCUGGCGGGCAGCCCUUCGACUCUUCCCCCAUCCGGUUCCGUGCCCGGAAUGGCGAAUACAUCACGCUGGACUCAAGCUGGUCCAGCUUCAUCAACCCUUGGAGCAGGAGGAUUUCCUUCAUCAUUGGGCGGCACAAAGUCAGAGUGGGUCCCUUGAAUGAGGAUGUGUUUGCAGCCCACCCCUGUGCCGAGGAGAAGGCGCCACACCCUGGGAUUCAGGAGCUCACGGAACAGAUCCAUCGGCUGCUGCUGCAGCCAGUUCCGCACAGUGGCUCCAGUGGGUACGGGAGCCUGGGCAGCAACGGGUCGCAAGAGCAGCCCCUGAGCCACACCUCCUCCAGCGACAGCAAUGGCCACGAAGACUCUGGCUGCAGGAGACCUGAUGUCCCUAAAAGUGACAAGCCCAAAGCCAGAAGUCCUCACUCUCACGAGUCUGAGGACAGAAAGGAGGGUAGAUUUGUCCUCCUUCCAGACCUGCAGAGCAGUCGCCUGGCUCAAAUGAAAGCUGCCCCUGCCGCCGAGAAGGACAGCUCUGGGGACAGCUCUUCCAAGGCCGACUUCCCCGAGGAGCUGGCCUGCAAGCCCCUGCCCGCCUGCUCCUACCAGCAGAUGAGCUGCCUGGACAGUGUCAUCAGGUACUUGGAGAGCUGCACUGAGGCCGCCACUCUGAAGAGGAAGUGCGAGUUCCCAGCAAACAUCCCCUCGCGGAAGACCCCCGGCGGCCCUGGGCUGCCUCUUGAAGAGGCUGCAGCACCUGCCGAGGUCAGCAGCCAUGCCGAGGUCAGUGCUCACCUGAGCUCGCUGACGCUGCCCAGCAAGGCGGAGAGCGUGGUCUCCCUCACCAGCCAGUGCAGCUACAGCAGCACCAUCGUCCACGUGGGCGACAAAAAGCCUCAGCCCGAGCUAGAGCUGGUGGAAGACACCACGGGCGGACCCGAGUCCCUGGACCUGCCCUGUGGCCUCACCAAGGAGGUGCUGGCCGCGCACACCCAGAAGGAGGAGCAGAGCUUCCUGCACAAGUUCAGGGAUGUGGGAAGGCUGGCCAUCUUCCCCUCGCACUGGCGGUCGUAUCCGCAGUCGAGUGAGCCAGAGCAGCCCUCCAGUCGCACUUCCCCCGGACUAAGAAACGUUUCUGGAAUGGACUCAUCUUGGAAAAAAACUGGAAAGAACAGAAAGCUAAAGUGCAAGCGAGUCAAGCCCCGAGACUCCUCGGCUAGCACAGUGUCGGGGGGGCCCAUGCCCCAGCGCCCGCCGCUCACAGGCCUCAGUGCUACAGCCUGGGCACCCUUGGCCGCGUCCCAGUCCAGCUGCUCUGUGGUGCCCUUCCCCGCCCCCAUGCCUGCCUACUCCCUGCCUGUGUUUCCGGCACCAGGAACGGUGGCGGCCAUGCCCGUGGCUCCGUCUCCUGGCUUCGUCAUGCCGGGGCAGCCGGAGCUCGCCGUGCAGGCCCCGCUGUUCCCUGCUCCCUUGGCCCCAGUUGUGGCCUUCAUGCUUCCCAGCAGCUACCCCUUUUCACCGGGACCCCCCAGCCCGCCCCAGGCCUCGCCCAGCCAGCCUGGCCUCGAGGCCCCAGUGACCUCAGCCUCGCCGCCUGAGCUUCCCAGCCAGAGCUCACUGCCCAGACCUCCGAGCGCCUUCUGCCCGGCCGCCGGGACCAGGGGCAGCACAUCCCCACCCCUGUUCCAGUCCCGCGGCAGCUCACCCCUGCAACUUAACCUGCUGCAGCUGGAGGAGGUCCCUGAGGGCGGCAUGGGGGCCGCUGGGACCUCCGGGACAGCAGCCACAGGGCCGGACCACAAGCCCGGGACUGUUCCAGACCGUUUGCCAAAGGCACCUCCAGCUUCUGAGGAGCCUGCAGACACGCAGAACAGUGACGCCCUCUCGACAUCCAGUGACCUGCUCAACCUGCUCCUGAACGAUGACCUUGGCUCUGCCACAGGCUCCGCCCUGUCUGGGAGCAGUGCCUCGGCCACCUCAGACUUCCUGGGCUCAGGCGCCACACGCAGUGGAACAGGUGUCAGUGACACAGGUCACCUGAGCAGAUGCUUGGGAAGCACAGACUCCUCAGAGAAUAGCCGCAAGGUGAUGCGGGCUCUGGCUCUGGAGGGCAGUGCGGACCCCGGCCGGCUGCUGAUGGCCAACACGGAUGACCGUGCCAUGCUCACCUACCAUCUGCCUUCUCGGGACGUGGAGACAGUGCUGAAGGAGGACAGGGAGAAGCUACAGCUGUUGCACAAGUCCCAGCCCCGGCUCUCUGAGGGCCAGUGGCAGGAGCUGCGUGAGGUCCACCCCUGGGUGCAGAUGGGCAGCCUGCCUGCAGCGCUGGACGUGGCGGAAUGUGUGUACUGUGAGGACCGGGACCAGGGCGGCCUCUGCGCACCCUACAAGGAGGACGACAGUGACUCUCUGGGACUCAGCGAGGGGUCGGACGCCAAGGAGGAGGGCAGGCCCACCCUGAACCAGGCCUUGGCUAUGCUUCCUGGGGCCCAUCUGGGUCUGCUGGAGCCCCCAGAAGCCAGCCCGGCCAAUCGUCGGGGACGGCGCGCGGCUGCCCAGGCGGUGCCCACCUCCCCGGCGGCCAAGCCGGACGCGACGCGGACGCGCCCGCUCCCCCGCCGGGCCCCCGUCCGCUCCGAGGCCGCACGGCCCGGGCCCGCCCCGCCAGCUGCCCGCCGCGCCCCGGGCCGCACAAAGCGCGCGCCUGCCAUUGGCCUGGGCGCGCCGGGCGGCGGGCAGCUCCGCCAGUCGGAGCAUUGA